AUGCCUCGCGCACGACAGAGGACGGGGACAUCGGAGGCUACCGGCCAGAGGAGCCGCCGCAUCGCUUGUCGAAACUGUCGGCAAGCGAAGAUGCGUUGUGAACUGUCGGCUGGAGGUCCAGUUCCUUGCCAUCGAUGCCGGCGGUUGGACCGCGAAUGCAAGGUAGAUACAGAGUAUAAAAGAAUCAAUAGACAAGAGAAACUCGAAGAACUGGAAGAGGAAAUCCGGCAACUGCGGUCUUCUAUAAAGACUACCACAUCGUCCGAUUCCCGCACAGUUGAGAAUAACCCGCCUGUGAAUGGUAUGCUAUCAUCGCAGUUUCCGACGAUGUUAAGCCCAGGGGUGUCUGUGCUUAGUAAUGAAAUUCUUCCCGCUGUGCCCGCGAUUUCGUUUGAAGAAUCACCUGGAUCGUCGUCUCGGCGUCUGAGUCAAUUUCCAGGUUCUUCGUCCUCUAGAUCAAUAGGUCACAUCAGACUCGAAUCGUCUCAGAUAGAUGCAUACUUUCACCUCUUCUUUGAGAAAUACUUUCCACACCUACCAUUCCUCGACCCUUUUGUCUCACCAGAUGAAUACUAUCUUCGAUCACCUUUACUAUUCUGGAUGAUAGUCUAUGUAUCAUCGCGCCGCGUACCCGACGAGCCAGGCUUAGGGGUCAGUUUGAUUCCUCCAGUGAAGAAACUUUUAUGGGAAUCAAUUUCUAGUCCUCCCCACUCUUGGGAGUUAGUGCAGUCUAUUAUUCUUGUAUGCAUGUGGCCUUUUCCCACCUCGUCUCUAUCAACGGACAAUAGUAUCGUCUUGGUCACGACGGCUCAGACAAUCGCCAUGCGGCUCGGUUUGCAUAGACCGGAUGCAAUUCAAGAUUUCUCUCGAACGAAUAGACGAUUAUCUAAAAGUGAGGUCUCCGAAGCAUUGAGGACAUGGUCGGCCUGUUUUAUCGCUGCUCAAAGUCUUGCAGUUACAGACGGACAACCGUUGAUGGCGUCUGAUUUGAUGAUUGAUCGACUGUGCGAUCAAGAAACUACCGAUAUCAUUCCAGAGGCUUUAAGAUUUCAACUUGUUGUAGCUAGGUUUGCGGCACGAGUGUGUUCCGUAAUGUCGGGUACUUCCAAGUUUACAACUGAUGUUCCGCGCCUUGGAGAAAGCUUGUCGGUGCUAGCACUUCUUGAACAGGAAUUCAUGGACAUGAGUUCAUCAAUAGCCAACAAUCUUACAGUUGAGGAUCGCAUUCUUCUGGACGGCACCGGUCUUCAUCUGUACGUGUUCUUCCUUAUCGAGCCUGGUGGGUCGGACAUUCGCCGAAGGGCCCUUUUACGGGCCUUUCAUAUGGCAACUACAUUGAUUGCCCAGCUACAUGGCCUUGAUAAGGAACAUGGUAUGAUAGAGUUUGGGCCUCUCUCACAUUUCCGUACUGUCUCACUAUCUGCCAUGUUCAUCCUGAAAAUUGGUCACUCUAGCUACGCCGAAUAUCUCGAUUGUGAAAGGGGUAAGCAUUUAUUUCACGUGGCAACUCAAUUGAUGAGGAGAAUGUCGAUUGAAGAUAAUGACCUACCGGGCCGCAUGUCAAAAAUAAUGACCCAACUCUGGAGCGCACAAGCUCGAAUCGACAAGACAAAUGAAGAACCAAGCUUGAAAUUGAGGACGCGAUUGUCGGGCAGUCUACUCCAUGACUCGCUAUGGAGUUGGCGAGAGACCUUUGGGGGACAAGCUGGCGAUGUAGAUAGGCAAAAUGGCCUUGCAGGUAUUUGA